GUGUGCGUGCGUGUGCCUGCGUGGGUCCGUUGCAACGCAAUUUCUGGACUGACAAAACGGAGAUAAAUGAGGGACAACUGAUCAUUUUCUCUGAAUGAAAGAACGCCAGGAUGUCAGCAGAAAUGUUUCCUAAGGAGAAGACCAUCGAUCUUCGGAAAAAGCACAUUGGUCCAUCAUGUAAGGUGUUCUUCAGCCAUGAUCCCAUCAAGAUUGUGCGGGCCAAAGGCCAGUACAUGUAUGACGAGAAUGGUGUGCGAUACUUGGACUGCAUCAACAACGUUGCACACGUGGGUCACAGUCACCCAAUGGUGGUGAAGGCUGGGGCUGAACAGAUGGAACUACUGAAUACUAACUCACGCUUCCUGCAUGAUAACCUUGUCCAGUACGCCCAGAGGCUGCAGGCUACUCUACCUGAAAAGCUCUCUGUUUGCUACUUUGUCAACUCAGGCUCUGAAGCCAACGACCUGGCACUCAGACUGGCCUGGGAGUACACAGGCCACAAAGACGUCAUAACGUUGGACAAUGCCUAUCACGGCCACGUGUCAUCGCUCAUUAACAUCAGCCCUUAUAAAUUUCACCAGCUGGCCAAUGCAGAGCAGAGCAAAUCUGUUCACGUGGCUCUGAGCCCUGACCUCUACAGAGGCAACUAUAGACAAGACCAUCCAGACCCCGCUACAGCAUAUGCAGAUGACGUCAACAAUCUUAUACAGAAAGCCCAUGAGAAAGGACACAAGGUUGCUGCUUUUAUUGCAGAGUCGCUGCAGAGUUGUGGUGGGCAAGUCAUUCCCCCUGCAGGCUACUUCCAGAAAGUGGCACAACAUGUUCACCAGGCUGGUGGCCUAUUCAUCGCUGACGAGGUGCAGGUGGGAUUUGGCCGUGUUGGCACCCACUUCUGGGCCUUCCAGCUACAGGGAGAAGACUUUGUGCCUGACAUUGUCACCAUGGGCAAACCCAUCGGCAACGGGCACCCCAUGUCAUGUGUGGUCACCACAAGAGAGGUAGCAGAGGCCUUCAAGAACUCUGGCAUGGAGUACUUCAACACGUUUGGCGGUAACCCUGUGUCCUGUGCCAUCGGCCUUGCUGUGCUGGACGUGAUUGAGAAAGAGGAUCUCCAAGGCAACGCGCUGCGAGUGGGGGGCUACCUGAUGCGACUGCUGGAGCAGCAGAAAGAGAAGCAUCCACUAGUGGGUGAUAUCAGGGGUCGUGGCCUGUUUGUUGGGGCGGAGCUUGUGAGAGAUCGGGUGAAACUGACCCCUGCUACAGCGGAAGCUCAGGACAUCAUUUACAAACUGAAGGAACAACACAUCCUACUAAGUGCAGAUGGUCCUCAUCGCAAUGUCCUCAAGUUCAAACCACCCAUGUGCUUCUCUGAGGAGGACGCCGACAUGGUCGUGGAAAAGAUUGACCAGAUUCUCACAGACAUUGAGAAGGCGUUGGGGUUACAAAUGCCCUCCACAGUACAUACAGAGAAUGGAAGCCAUAAGAGAAAUGUUCAACCUGAGGAAAACGGAUGUCAUCAUUCAAAUGGAAUAGGCCAUAGCCGUGAUACGUCUCAACAGCAUGCCUCUCAGCAAAACAAAAGGCUGAGGCCUUAAUGGACUUGUGGAGUUUUGCUACUGUCUUAUAAGUCCUGAAUAGUGUGCCCUGCACACUUACAUGUUUCAAUGGAUAAAGGAAGCGACUUCAUUCUCAAACCUAUAAUUACUUUUUGUAACCAUUUAUAAUAUGUUAGUUACACAUUGAUGUUAUAAUCCUAAUCUCAGGUUACUUUGAAAUGUGAUUGGAAAUUUGGCCAGGCAUGUAUAAGGGCCUGCUGUUCCUCUGUAUACAGACAAAUGCAGAUGAACUAGAAACCCAGAUUGACAGUGAGGAACAAACUUAAUGUGCUAAUGUCCAGGAUGUCUUUAGAGUCAUGCAUUGAUCCCUCACUGUGACUUCAUAUUAAAUAGUAAAUGACAAUGAUUACAAAUGCUAACUUUUUCAAAGUAUCAUUAUGAAAUAUAAAGAACAUGCCUACUGAAAAGACUAUAAAGUAGUAUUGGCCAUUGUCAUGUUGUUGCCCACAUUUAGAGGUUCUUCAAUGAAAGCGUUGUUCUACAAAAAUGUCAAAUAAACAAUGCAGACAGAGGGAAGGGAAUUGUUUAUCUUUGUGUCUAGCAGCCUCUUAUGUACAUUGAAAGAAAAUGCUGAGGAGCAGAGUUGGCUACACAGAAACCUUGGACAAUACAUGGUACACUGCUAUGCUAAUUGUGGCAAGAACAAGUACCAAAAACACUUAGUUAAUAGCCCAGGCGUUUAUUUGCUUAAAUCACGGAACACAACAGGCGCUUAUUAGAGACAGGCUUCUAUUUUAGCUUUUGCUCAUUUGUAUAGUUAAUUGUUUAAUACCAGAUUUUCUUGUACUAAUAUGUUAUAAUUUGCACACGGUGUCACAUUUCUUUUGUCUUAGUAUGCCUGUAUAAAAUAAAAUACAACUUUUCCUUGACAGGAUAA